GAAACGCGUAGCGUAUUGGUGAUGAGAAGGAUUUUCGCUCUGGUUAGUGAGUGCUCUUUUAUUUUCUUUUGUUUGACACUGGUUAGCCUUGAGGCGUCGUAGUAACGUUAGUCAGCCGCGGAGUAAUUGAACCGAACGUACGCUCGAAAGAAGCUUACAGCAUCUCUCAAGUUUAAACUGCAAUACGGCUGACAGUCAAAAUGAAAUACUUUCUCGUUGGUAUUGUAUUGUUUAUGUAUAACUAUGUGACAUGGAGCCAGGAUUUGGUAUUUCCACGUGAUGAAGAAACGUCUCACGUUAGCGGUGGCAAUAAUACGAUAAUAACUGAACGUCUACCCAUAUUCAUACCGGACAGAUGUCCAAAAGACAUGCUUCUCUACGCGGGUGAUGGCGCAAAAGAUUCUUGGGUAUGCGACUGCAGAUCUCGAUUCUUGUACUUCCCAUUGAACGACUCCUGUCACGAAGCAUACAGACAGGGUCCUUGUCCGCCUGGAAAUUAUGUCGUCCUUCCUGAGGAUGAAGCAAUUCCUCGUUGCGUUACGAAUCCUUGCUCAGAAGAUGGUAUGGCACCAUAUAAUGGGACGUGUCAUCGUCUCAGGACAAUAGGUGGACCGUGCGGCCCCGAAGGAAUACUAAAUGUCAAUGAGACCACAUUUCAAUUGGAAUGCUUGUUGCUAGAUGUUGCACCUUCCAUGAUAAUCAAUACUUCUUCGAGGAAAUGUCCACCUGGCACUCGCAGAAGUACACUUAACGAUUGCAGACAAAUACAAGGCUAGAGAUACAGCAUUAUAAUCGGUUCGCAUCAGGAGAUAACUUUAAUAUAGUGAUCUGCAUGUAACCAAUUUGUAAUAGAGGAAUGCUUAAAUUACUUACAUUUAAUGAUGUUGAAUUAUAACAAAUGUUUGUUCCUCUUAUUUUAUUUAUGAUUAAAAGCAAUUAAAUAAACUAUACUUAUAAUUGAAAAGCAAAAAAAUAUGCAUA